GCCUGCCUUGUUUGUCUGUCUCAAUUAUAAAUAGUAUUUUUUAUAUAUAUUUCUGCAGUGUUUCAGACAUCUUGAUGUCUCUUCGAAAGAAAGUUGACACAACCAAGACAUUUAACAUCACUGUGACAAGGCAGGACCUGUUUCAAAGAGGAAUUAAACAGUGGUCCAGACAAAAACAGGCUUCCCCAAAGAAUCUUCUCAGUGUCUCCUUCAUAGGAGAAGAUGGAAUAGAUCAAGGUGCUCUUCGUAAAGAGUUCCUUACAGAAAUGGUUCGUGCAAUUGAAAGCCAGUUCUUUGAAGGCAAUGGGGAAACGGGCAAAAACCCUAAAUACAGUAUGUUAGACUACCAGGACUGCAAUUUCAAGACUUGUGGGGAGCUUUUGGCAACAAGUCUAGCGCAGGGAGGUCCAGCACCAAACUUUCUCACAAGAUGGUGCUAUCAUUUCCUGUGCCAUGGAGAGAUUCUCAGUGAUGGUGGGCCAGAUGAGGUCACUGCUCCAGAUAUUAAAAGCUUGGUAGAAAGGGUAUUGUAG